AUUUAUAGUUGCCGGCGUUCCAGCACUGUGCAUUUAAAAUGCUUCAAGUUGCACCAUUAAGGUUAACAUUUAGGUUGAGCCUUUUAUUGCUGCUGUGCUGCACAGCAGUGUGUGUGUCUGGAACCAAGAGGGAGUAUUACAUGACAAUUGAGGAGAUAGACUGGAACUACGCUCCAAGUGGGAAGAAUUUGAUCCACAACCGAACUCUGCAGGAAGACGAAGAAGCUGCUGAAUUCCUUCUGAGAGGUCCUCAGCGUAUCGGCUCCACCUAUAAGAAGGCUGUGUAUAAGCAGUACAGUGAUGCCACCUAUACGACAGAGGUGGUGAAGCCACCUUGGCUUGGGUUUCUAGGACCUCUGCUGAUGAUUGAGGAGGGAGACACUUUGGUGGUCCACCUGAAAAACAAAGCAUCCAGACAUUACAGCCUCCAUCCGCAUGGACUGAACUACAGCAAGGGCAGUGAGGGAGCUCUGUACCCUGAUGGUACUGGUCCAGAAUUGAAGUUUGAUGAUGCAGUGGCUCCCAGUACAACAGUGACAUAUGAGUGGACCCUUCCAGUAACCCACAGCCCAAAACAAGGGGACAGCAAUUGUCUUAGCAGAUUUUAUCACUCCCAUCUCCACACAGCUAAAGACAUAGCCACAGGGGUGAUAGGACCUCUUGUCAUCUGUAGGAAAGGCACUAUUGAUUUACAUGGAGACAGUUCAGGAGACUAUCUUUACACCCUGCUAUUCAUGGUGUCAGACGAGAACCAGAGCUGGUACAUAGAUGACAACAUCAGGACAUACAUCACCAGCCCUGCCAAAGACCUGAAAGAGGAUGAAGAUUUUAUUGAAAGCAAUAAGAUGCAUGGUAUAAAUGGUUACUUGUACGGAAACCUGGUUGGACUGAGCAUGUGCCAAGGCAGCAAGAUCCAGUGGUAUUUGAUUGGCUUAGGCGAUGAGGUUGACAUACAUUCAGUCCAUUUUCACGGUCAGAUCCUGACCACUCAGAAUCACCACACAGACACCAUCAGUCUUCUCCCGGCUUCCAGUGCUUUAGCCGAGAUGGUCGCCGACAACCCUGGACACUGGCUGCUGACGUGCACCAUUAAUGAUCAUCUGUCAGCUGGAAUGCAAACUACAUUUGAGAUCAAGAAGUGUUUUCCCAAUGUCCACAAGCCCCGUCCACAUGGGGAACUGAGAGAGUUCUUCAUUGCUGCUGAAGAGGAGGUGUGGGACUAUGCUCCAACACUGCCUACUGAUAGUGAAGCUGAGACGUUUGUAACCAGAGGUUCCAACCGGAUUGGAAGCCGGUACAAGAAGGCUCGCUACAUUGAAUACACUGACAAUACCUUCUUAACAAAGAUGCUACGCACGCCACAAGAGCAACACCUUGGAAUUCUGGGUCCUGUGCUGCGUGCCGAAGAGGGCGACACGAUCAGAGUUGUGUUUAAGAACAAGGCCAGUCGGCCUUAUUCUAUACAGCCACAUGGUGUUCAGUACAGUAUUGAACAGGAUGGGACACCCUACUACAAUGAAAUGGAAGAGUCAUACACUGCACAGAAACUACGAGAGCUAAAGAAGCAGCCCAAGGUGGUGACCAUUCCCCCAGCUGCUCAAGUCGCAAGCGGGGCGAUGCACACCUAUGAAUGGGUGGUACCUAUAGAUGCGGGACCGGUCAGUGGAGAGGCUGACUGUCUGACUUAUAUGUACUACUCCGGAGUGGACGCCGUCAAAGACACCAACUCUGGACUCGUCGGACCCCUCCUCAUCUGUCGACCCAACACACUGAAGAAAGGAAUACAAAAGAACUAUGCUAAAGAGUACCACCUUCUGGCUGCAGUGUUUGACGAGAACCUGAGUUGGUAUUUGGACGACAACAUAAAGACCUUCACCACGGCUCCAACCACCGUUAAUAAGGAAGAUGAUGGUUUCAUGGAGAGCAAUCAGAUGCACGCCAUCAACGGCUUCGUGUACAGGAACUUGCCAGGCCUCACCAUGUGUAAGGGAGAUAAAGUAACCUGGCACCUGUCAGGUUUGGGUACAGAGUUGAAUAUCCACAGCCUCCAUUUCCAGGGCAACCGAUUCAUCUACCGCCAAAACAGAAGAGAUGCCAUCACGCUAACCUCUCACAUCUCACACACAGUCACUAUGGAGCCGGACAGCAUGGGUCAAUUUGAAGUGGUGUCUGCCACUGUGAAUGAUUAUCGCGGUGGGAUGCGUGCAAACUACACCGUGGAUAAGUGCAGCAUCUUCCACCGCCAAGGGGUGACCACGUUUCAUUCAAAGACCUACUACAUCGCUGCCAUGGAAAUAGAGUGGGACUAUGCUCCCAACCGCACCUGGGUGAACGACGUGAAACAUGGUCAAGAUAGUACUGCUCAAAACUUUCUCAGUAAGGAAGGAGGCCUCAUCGGCUCUAGUUACAAGAAGGUCGUCUACCGUCAGUUCACAAAUGACAAGUUCACCGAGCAGGUGGAAAGAACAGCUGAUAAGGAACACCUCGGCAUUAUGGGUCCCAUAAUACAUGCUAAAGUGGAUGGCACGGUGGAAAUUGUUUUUAAGAACAUGGCAUCCAGACCAUAUUCCAUCCACGCCUAUGGAGUCAAGACUGCAAGUACUGAUGUGUACCACACCCCACCAGGUAAGACCCACACCUACACCUGGUAUGCAACAAAUGCUGGCCCAACGACAGAGCAAGAGGAAUGCUCCGUGUCGGCAUAUUACUCUACUGUAGACGUUAGCAAGGAUCUGUACAGCGGUCUGAUCGGCCCGCUAGUGAUCUGUCGAGGUAGUUGGGCCAGAACUUUAGGACUGAAGAAAGAAGUAGAAGAGUUUGCAUUGCUAUUCGUGGUUUUUGAUGAGAAUGAGAGCUGGUAUCUGGAUGAAAACAUCAGGACACACGUCAGGAACCCUCGUACAAAUUUAAAGGAAGACGAGACCUUUAUAGAAAGCAACAAGAUGCAUUCUAUUAAUGGCUAUUUGUACAAUAACCUGGAAGGCCUGAACAUGGAAGUGGGCGAUAAGGUGUACUGGUACCUGAUGGGAAUGGGCACUGACGUAGACUUGCAUAGCGUGCACUGGCAUGGGCACAGCGUGGAAUACAAACUGGGUGGAAGUCCUCAUGAUACCGAUGUGUAUGAGCUGUUUCCAGCAACUUUCCAAACAGUGAAGAUGCGUCCUCAGUAUCCUGGUACGUGGCUACUUCACUGUCACGUCAAUGAGCACAUGGUGGACGGAAUGAUCACCACGUACACCGUCACUGAAAAAGGAAAAAAGAAGCUAUUUGGCUGAAUAUUUGCGGAGGAGGAGUUUGACUUGAAGAAAACGCACCUGUUUAGUUUUAGCAACUUAUGAACAACCAUUUUGUUCAGAUGGAUCAAACAAGUACAUCAAAGAAUUUACAAGUGUAUAUUAUGAUGUAAAAGUUUGACUAAUAAAGC